AUGGCAACCACUAUAAAUACAAGUAAUAAAAACACUGUUAAAUUGCUUGACAUAUUAAAAAUAAUAUUUGAAAAUAAUAAAACCAAUACAAUAUCAGAAGAAACACUAUUAAGUUUAUAUUAUAUUUUCGAUCAAACAAUAUUUGCAUCAUUAGAGUUAAUUGAUAAAGAACUUAUAACCAAAUAUGUUUUUCAACCAUCCAAUAGAUAUUUUUAUGUGGUUGAAGGUAGAAAAGGUGCAAAAUACAUGUGCCUAAUUCAAGGAGAUUAUUGUAGUUGCCCAUCUUUUAAUUUCUCUGUACUUUUAAAAUCUGAUUCAGUUUAUUGUAAACAUCAAAUAUCAUCAAUCUUAGCAGAAAUAAUUUCAAAUGUAAAAGUCAUUGAAUUUGAUGAUUCUGAAUAUCAGUCUCAAAUUUUAUCAAUUGAGUCUCUUAGCUUUAAGACUCCAACUCACAAAUUUCAACAAAAAUAG